CGAAAAAUCACAAACAGCCAUUUCCUAUUCAUUCCCCCGAACAUCAGUCGUCAUACUUUUGCAGAAUGCAAAAAGGAAAGAAAUUCUUUGCAGUUAUCAUAAAUCCACCACCCGCACAAUGAGCGACGCUUUACAAUACAGACUUCAAGGUUAAAUUUUCUUAUUUCAUUUACCAAACUAGUGAAAAUUACCAAAUACUUACAAACCAGGAUAAUAGAUUGAACUCGUUACUGGCAUUGUAGUACCUCGUUCUGGUUCUCUAUAAAGUUGAGGCAAAAUAUCCUGGGAAAAAAACUGUCGGAAAGUCCGAACUGUGUGUUACUUACAUAGAAACGGCUUUCCCAACUGCUUGUGGUUAUGAGCUAUGAAUUUCCGCUGUUCUGUGCAAAAAAUUAUGUCCGGGAUUGUUGUUCCCAAAGCUGUCCCAAUGUCUGUCUGACUACAUAUCAGUCCUAAUAACGAGAUUGAUAUGAACCGUAUUUUGUGACAAUUAAGCAAGAAUUAACAAACAAAUAAAUAAAAUUACUGUUUGUUGAUAUACAGUGUCAUGUCUCUGAAUACAAACAACUAAAUGCUGACGGCCUGGAACCAAGGUUGUUAUUUGUUAUUCCAUUUCUUCUGAUAGCUUAUGAUGAUUUAAUUAGAAACCAUUGAACGCUAUUGAAUUUUAAUCUCUACAAUAGAAAGCUGCAAAUCCAAAGCAUUGAUAUUCAGUAAAAGGAUUUUUAGUGACAUGAUGUAAACGGACAGCGAUGGGGAAGAAAAAAAUGAAAUUUAUAAUUGCGUUGUUUUCUUUUGUCAUGUCGGCGAAAUGUUUCGUCCACAAGGAAGGUUAUGAUUUUGAAGGACCAACAGUCAUUACUACUGAAAUGCGACUUCACAAUGAUCUAUUCCGAAACGGUAGUGGAUCGUCAUUUCCAAAUCUUAACGGACCAGUUAAUGUCACCUUUGGUUUAACACUUCAGUCAGUUGUUGAUAUACGCGAAUCUGGUGAGGCGAUCAUACUGAGUGCUUACGUCAGGCAGGUGUGGAUGAAUAAAGAUUUAGCAUGGGAUCCAGCACUUUAUGAUGGAAUCAAGAAAAUAAAUAUUCGUCCAGAAAUUUCAUGGACUCCGGACAUUUUCAUCUAUGCCAACCUUGAAGAUGACAAGAAUUACAAUGGACUGUUAAGCACAAUGAAAACUAACAUCAUACUCUCUUCAAGCGGUUCUCACUUUUGGCAUGCUCCGGUUACACUGAAACUCGGCUGCACGAUGAAUUUCCGUGACUAUCCUUUUGACAGUCAAGUAUGUCCAUUACAGUUCGGAAGUUUCACAUAUGAUAUGUCGAAACUUGUUCUCCAUCCUGAACCUGUUGAUAUGGAGUCAUACACCGAAAGCACAGAAUGGUUAUUUCUAUCCAUGGAUGGAACAAAGCAAAGAAAGGCAUAUCCAGGAAGAACGAAUCCUUUCUCUGAUGUUGUGUACACACUGAAAGUAAAAAGGAAACCGUUAAAUCUACUGAUCAAUCUUGUGAUUCCGAAUUUAAUGUUGGCAUUCCUGACCAUCCUUGUCUUCAUCUUGCCUAUUAAUGCAGGUGAAAGAGCGUCAUUCGUGCUGACUAUAUUACUAGCGUUAAGCUGGUAUAUGACGUCUAAUGUUAACACAAUGCCAAGCAGUUCAGAAGCGAUUCCGUUCUUUUCAUACUUUCUCGGAAUGGUUCUCUUCACUGUCCCGUUCCUCUUGGUUUGUCUCUGUUAUUCAAUUGGUUGUCAUUACGCAAAGUCCAACAUUGUACAACUACCGAAAUGGAUGAGGUAUUGCAUAUUGGGCAAGCUAAGUGUCUUUUUUAAUCUCGAUACCAGACGAAAGGAACCGAAAUGGCGGAGACAGUUGCGACGUAUUAAAAAACUAAAUGUAAACGCCUUGAUGGAUGAUGAGGAUGAAUUGAAUGAGGAGAUUGAUAAUUCCAUUGAUGAUUUCUAUCCUGGUAAGCUGUGGUCACACCAAGACACUUUGGAAACAGCAUUCAACAAAGACGAGGAAAUGAGUAAACUAGAACAUGUAUUUAGUGAAAAAACAACUCGUCUGUUGAACCAUCAAUUAUCUGUUCUUUUGCAGAACAUGGAAGAGGACGACGAUGCCAAAUGGCUGCAAAAACAAUGGCGGAUCAUUGCACUGACGUUAGAUAAACUUUUUAUGUACAUCUUUUUGGGUAUUCUUUCGACAACAACUUUUUCCUGCAUCAUCAGGGUUACACAAAUUGAGUAAAAUGUAUGAUUUUUUUUGUACCUGAGAUGUUUGUAAAGAAAUAAUUUUUUUUAUAAAACAAUGUGAAACAAAUUACUUGUGUAUAAAGCGUAUCUCGGUACCUAAUUGGCACAGCUGCAACUCAACCCUUUUGGACAGACAGGCGACGGCUAGUAAGAUGACGCUAGCGAGAUGUGAUUAUAUCUCCCGAAGCCAAAAGAAAACGGGAUAUUUAUGU